GCACUGGCGAUGGAGACAGCGCUGCCGCCCCGGCAUGACGCGGCGAUUUCUUGGCAGGAGGAAGCCUCGUAUCGAUCCGGUGAGCUUCUCGACAUCCGCGCCGCAGCAUCGGACCGACGAGCUCAAAUAUUUCGACGAUGGAUCGGCCGAUGCUUCUACCUUCGCCGCUCUGAUCCACAAGUGCGCUAGGCUCCAUGAUCUCGCGCAGGGCAGGAGGAUUCACGGGUUGAUUCUCCGGAACGGGAUCGAGGUAGGCGAUUUUCUCGGCGCCAGGCUGCUCGCCAUGUAUUGCAAAUGUGGCAGCCCCGAAGAGGCCAGGGCGGUGUUCCAGGGGAUCCAAGACAAGAGCGUGGUUGCUUGGACGUCUCUCAUCGGCGUGAAUGCCCGGAGUGGGCAUCCCAAGGAGGCAUUCCAUCUCUUCCGGGAAAUGCAGCUACAAGGAGUGAUGCCCAACGACGUUACUUACGUUGCGGUUCUCGGUGCUUGCGGCCACCCCUGGGAAGUGGAUACUAUUCGAGCUCGAGUGGAAGCUUGUGGAUCUCUCGAGCUGGAUGUGAUCGUGGCUACUGCGGUGAUGAACGCGUAUGGGAAGUGUGGGGACUUGGACAGUGCGUGGGGUGUUUUCGACGGAAUUCUUGUUCGAGACGCGGCAGUGUGGAAUGCGAUGAUCUCGCUGCUCGUUGCUCACGAGCAAGGAGAUGAAGCUCUGGAGCUCUUUCGACAAAUGAGGCUCGGCGGUGUCACUCCCAACAAAGGCACCUGUGUUGCUGCGUUAAACGCGUGCUGCCACUCUAGAGAUUUCUCCGAGGCUCUUCGAAUCCAUGCGUUUGCCAGGGAGCUGGCUGGCGAUGCUGAUACGGUCGUGCAAACAGCCUUGGUAAACAUGUACGGAAAGUUUGGGAAGGUUGACGACGCGGAAGAGAUUUUCGAGAGGAUCCAAGAGCGGGAUGUUGUGUCCUGGAACGCUAUGCUCACGGCCAAUGCCUGCAAUGGUUUCCACGACAAGGCUUUCAAGUGUUUCAGGGAGAUGCUACUCGUAGGUGAGCUCCCGAGCAGGAUAACUUAUGUUGCUAUUCUUAAUGCGUGUUUUUUGGCAGCUCACUUGAAGCAUGGGGAUUUUGUGAAAACUCUUGCAGUUGAAGGUGGCUGUGGUAUCGAAUCAGUGGAUGUGGUGAUGGGCACCGCGAUCAUGAACAUGUAUAGCAGAUGUAAGAGUCCGAAGUCAGCAUUUAGUAGCAGCUUGCUACUCGAACAAGAUCGUGACCAGCCAAGUAUCAUGAUGUGGAACACGGUUCUAUCGCUGUACGUGGAGAACGAGCAGUUUGAAGAAGCGUUUACCAUCUUCAGGCUUAUGCUGCUCGGUGGAGUAACGAUUGACACUGUGAGCCUGAUGACAGUUUUCAACGCUUGUGGAAGCAGUGCGUCUUUGGAAAAAGGUAAGUGGAUUCAUUCUUUGCUGACUGAGAGCGAACUGACACGCAAAACUCCUGUGCAGAAUGCUUUGGUGACUAUGUAUGCAAGAUUGGGGAGCUUGGAGGAUGCUCGAGAGAUUUUCGACGCCAUGACCACUCGGAACGUCAUCUCGUGGACCGCUAUGGUGGGAGUCCACAGCCAACUCGGUCUUAACAGAGAAGCACUCCGCAUUUUUAGAAGUAUUCUCCUGGAAGGUGUUGCUCCCAACGAGGUCACCUUCACCGCCGUUUUGAACGCCUGCGGCAAUCUCGCGUCGAUCCCAGCUGCAAAACUGGUACAAGCUUGUUUAUCCGAGACUGGAUUCUUCGGAAAUGUGGAAGUAGCUAACGGCUUGCUUUGUACUCUAGGAAAGUGUGGCAGCUUGGAAGAAGUAGCAAACUUCUUCCAAGUCAUGGCCGUGAAGAAUCAAGUCUCUUGGAACACGGCGAUUGCAGCGAAUGCUCAGCACGGCAAUGGCGUUCGUGGCGUUGAGCUCUUUCAGACAAUGCAGCUCGAAGGAAUCGACACAGGACUGGUUGCCCAAGGCUACAGCUACUUCCUCAACAUGCACGUGGACUAUGGGUUUCCAGCCGAAGCAGAGCAUUACAGCUGCGUGAUAGAUCUCUUGAGCAGAGCAGGAUGGUUAGAACACGCAGAAGAGUUCGUCAAAAGGCUGCCUUUUGGGGACCAGAGCGUCUUCCCGUGGAUAACUCUCCUGUGCGGGUGUAAGCUCCACGGUGACUUGGAGCGUGGUGGUCGGGCGACUCAGAGAAUUCUCGGGCUGAAUCCAGGAUCCACAGGACCUUACCUGGUGAUGCACAAUCUAUAUGCCGGGGCUGGGAAGUGGCCGGAGGCCGCGGCAGUGAGGAAGAGUAUGGUGGAGCUGGGGCCGAAGAAAGAGCCAGGACUCAGCUGGAUCGAAGUGAAGGGCCGGAUACACGAGUUUCGAGUGGGAGACACGAGCCAUCCUCGGUCGAGCGAGAUACACAGGGAGCUGGAACGAUUGAACGAGGAGAUGAAACGAGCGGGGUUUGUUUGCGACAUCAAGGCAGUAGUAUACGACUUGCAAGCCAAAGAGAAAGAAUCGCUGCUCUGUCAGCACAGCGAGAAGCUGGCCAUUGCGUUUGGAUUGAUCUCGACUGCUGCUGGGGAGCCGCUCAGGAUCAUGAAGAACUUGAGAGUUUGCAGCGACUGUCACAGUGCCACCAAAUUCAUCUCCGGACUCGUGGGACGGGAGAUCGUGGUGAGAGAUGCUUACAGGUUCCACCAUUUCAGAGGAGGAGCUUGUUCGUGCGAAGAUUUCUGGUAACAGCAGGAACAAAGUCACUCCUUUCAGCUA